GGUGAGGGAGGUUGAAUGACCUGGCAGAGAUGACUUGUUUGGCAGUGUUCCCCUUGUUCCCCUGAUUGGGCUGCUGCUAGGCAGUGAGGGGGAGGAAGAGAGAGAGCCCAGGCCUCAGAGGGGAGUUGCAGACCUUGGCUGUGGCUGUUAGUUGGGCAAGACUAUGGCAAGCAAAGAGACAGAAGAGCAAUUCUUGACCUGCUGCUUCCAAGAACCUGGGCGUGGUGCUCUUCAGGGCUGAAGAUGACUUCAGCAGUUCCCUGUCUCAUUUGCAGAUGCUGCCAGCCAUGUCUAAGUGCCAGGCGCCGGGCAUUCUCAACCACUCUCGGCAUCUGGUCUCCAGCCAGGAACAGCAAUUACUAUGACCUGCUGGGCAUCAAACCGGAUGCCACCUUGGAGGAGAUCAAGCACGCCUUCAUCAGCAAAUCCAAGAAGCUCCAUCCUGACAGUGACCCGGCCAACCCCAACCUGCACAGCCAGUUUGUGAGGCUGAACGAGGCCUACGCGGUGCUGAGCAAAGAGAGCAGUCGGCAGCACUAUGACAGCCAGAGAGUGGCUCAGGGCCCUCAGCCUUCCUCAAGCAGCCGUCCCAGCAGCCCCAAGAGAAGCCCGUUCGAUUUCAGCAUCUUCAAAGCAAGGAGCGAGCCGGACCCCAUCCGUUACUGGCAGCAGUUCCAUGCGGCCCCUCCAGAGUCCUUCUCGGGUCCUGAGUUGGAGAAGAAAGAACGCCUGAACAGGAAACUCUUUGGCUACUGUUUGCUCAUGAUGCUGGGCAGCCUGCUUGUCCACUUUGUGGGGUUCAGGAAACUGGAGGAAGCGCACAAUCAGUUUAUGGAUGAGAAGGACCAGACCAUAACCCAGAUAUACAGGGAGAGCAAGGAGCAAGCCAGGUCCAUCGGCCUCCAGAAGCAGCAGGAGCUGCUGCGGCAGAAGCGUGCUGAAUUUGCCCAGCGUUAUCGCACCUCUCACGGACAAUUCCCACAAGCCACGGGAGGGCUGGACUCUGUCAAGAACCCGGCUUCUCCCUCGCCUGCUGCCAAGUGAAACCCUGGUCCUUCGCUUGUGUCUCCUGAGGAGAGUUUCGGAAGCCAAGUAUGGAGGACAGGAAAUGCUUGUGGUGGGAGGAGGGGGAAUUACGGGCCCAGUCCCUUCCUCUGUCGCUCAUCUGUCUGUAGAAUAGAACUAUGUUCCACUGUGA